CCGCCCACCGUUAUCCACUCAAGUCAGUGGAGUGAACCCGCAAGUCUAAGCACCAAAUAGCGCUGCUGGUCGCAAGCUUUACAGGCGCUGUCUCGCUUGUCUCGCCUGUAUCAUCCGUGCCGUCAGCGCCCUGCAUCCCCUGAUGUGAGGCAGGAGGAUCUCUCGGCCCGGAAUUUGUCCUCGAGGGAGAUGAAGCUAAGCCCCUUUUGUCGUCUGAAGUGUAACUUUACUGUAGAGCUGUCCUCCCGAUGCGCCUCCCUUGAAUUGACCAGCCCGCCAGAAGUAGGAAUCUCGUACCUGGCCAAUUUCUUCACUCCCUCGGCGAGAGACACACGGGAAGGAGCGCUCAGUGUCAUCUUUCAUAUCUAUUGCAUGGCACCCCCAAUUUCCUGCGACAAAGGAGAGAAAACUGUACCUGUUCUUCUUACGACCCAAUACCCGCGAUAACUAAAGCUCGCUUGCAGCUUCGCGAAAGCCAAGCCAAGCCGGAAAACCAUCGAACAACUACCUCUGAUCCCUCGACAACCUUUAUGAUUUUCGCAUAGUCUCCCUACUCGUCAGAUUGCCUGCCAUGGCCCGUCCCAUGGGGUCAGUUCGCUUGAAGAAGGCGAACCCGGUGACCCUCGUCCUCGGCGCCGUCCUCUGCAUCUUUAUCGUCGUCUUCCUCGUCGGACCUUCCAAGUCAACAAAGGCAGAGCCGGCCGGUACCGCCUCCCACCAUCUAUCACCUCCUACCGCCCCCUACCGAAAGAAGGCCAAGGGCGACACGAGACCGCCGCCCGUCGUCCGCUACAACCUCAACAAUGUCACCAUCACGACCGACCCCAUCGGCAACCGCGAAUCCGUCCUCAUCCUGACGCCGAUGGCGCGGUUCUACCAGGAAUACUGGGAUAACCUCUUGAACCUCAACUACCCCCACGACCUCAUCUCCCUCGGCUUCAUCCUGCCCAAGACCAAGGAAGGAAACGCGGCGACGGCGGAGCUGCAAGAGCAAAUCACAAAGACCCAGGGCUCAGAGAAGAACCGCUUCAAGAGCAUCGUUAUCAUGCGCCAGGACUUUGAGCCGGCCAUCGCAUCCCAGGACGAGGGCGAGCGGCACAAGAUGGAGAAUCAAAAGGCCAGGCGCGCCGUCAUGUCAAAGGCCCGCAACUCGCUGCUCUUUACGACCCUGGGCCCCCAGACGUCGUGGGUGCUCUGGCUCGACGCCGACAUUGUCGAGACCCCGCCGACCCUGAUCCAGGACCUGGCGGCGCACGACAAGCCCGUCAUCGUCCCCAAUUGCUUCCAGCGCUACAUGAACACGGAGACCAAGAAGAUGGAGGAGCGGCCCUACGACUUCAACAGCUGGCAGGACAGUGAGAUUGCCCAAAAGAUGGCCGAGACAAUGGGCCCCGACGACAUCCUGCUCGAGGGAUACAAGGAUAUGCCGACAUACCGCGCGCUGAUGGCGUACUUGGGCACCGAUGAGAAGGAUAAGUCGGUGGAGAUCCCCUUGGACGGCGUCGGCGGCACUGCUUUGCUCGUCAAGGCAGACGUCCACCGCGACGGAGCCAUGUUCCCGCCCUUCUCCUUCUAUCACCUCAUUGAGACUGAAGGUUUCGCCAAGAUGGCGAAGCGUUUAGGCUGGCAACCAUUUGGACUCCCGAAUUACAGAGUUUAUCACUACAACGAGUAGGGGCUAGGCAUCACGAUGGAUGUGAUCUGGGAAUCAAAAUGACCAAGAAAGAGGAGUACAUCACGCCUUUCUUCUAGAGGUGUUCAAUGGAAAACAGAAAGUUGAAACAUCCCCCACCCACCUCUAAGUCGCCAACAGCAUCGGCGGCGGUAUCACGAAUUUUACGCGCGGAACAGACCUCAUUGGAAAGAAACCCCAUAUGCUCCUUUAGCCCUAUGUGCAGCUCACCCCCUUUCUUUCACAUCUUGCCAAAACAUAAUUGCGUUCCACUUUCUUCGGACGGGAAAUGGCGGCGGGGGGUUUGGGCAACGGGCGUUCUUUGUAGUACAUUUCACACAGCAAACUACAUAAACAAAUCUGGGAGUCUGGUGGAACAUCGGGGGAUUAGCUGGUUGAAGCGAGGUGGGAGAAGGCUUGACUGCUGACAAGUGGCUUCUUGAGGGUGUAAGAUAAAAAAAACAACGAAGCGCCGCGAGGAAUCGAGAGAGGGGUGCGGUGACGGAUUGCGUGUUGCGCAGGAUAUCUGCGGCAUUAGAGAGAGCACCUAUUUCAUGUUUUCAAGGGCUCUAGUGUGAUAGAACAAAUGAC